GCCGCUGGGGGCGCUCGGCAGCCAGCCUCCGGGCAGCGCGCCGAUUGGCUCCUUGGGAAACAGCCGGGACCUCUGGUCCGCCUGGCUGGCGUCCGCUCUUCGGUGUGGGUUUUCAGUCCCGUGUACUUUUCUCCUGUUUUUCUCCUCUCUGUCCUUUGAUAACCGCCAACGCCAGCUUGGAACUCCCCGAGAGUUCUUCCUUCGCAGCAGUACCUCCUUUUUUAGUUCAAGGCUGAAGCUGUAGGAAGUCGAGCUUCAUUUGGCUGAAAUUGGGACAGGAUUUCCCAAACUUCCUUCGGGGAAAAAAUAACCUAACGGUGGACGAGAUUGAAUUCCUAGCGUAUGGCCCGCCGUUUAUUUGGAGUUUCUUAUUUUGUCUUAAAAAUUAGGAAUCUUGCAUUUUAUUUUUAUGAUAUUUUUGUUUUCUUGAAAAUGUUUAAGCCACCCGUUAACUAAUUUAGCUAUCUCCGUGAACCAGUUCUUUUCCUCUGGCUUCAGCGCCUUUUCACCGCCUCCCCACUCUCUGAGUGUUGCAUAACUGGUUUGAGAUAGGGAAGAACCAAACUCUAAACACUGUUAUUUAGUACCUAAACUACUUUUAAGCUUUACCUAAGGGUUUGACGAUUUAGCAUAAGGCCAAGGUUUAGUCUCACUGAGUCCUUUUCAUGAUCAACCUGCCCUCGUCUGAUCCAGUGUUGUUUCCCUUCACUGACAUGGCAGCCUGAUUGAUCAUGCAUAAAUUGUGAUAGUUCUAGGUCACUUAUGCUUUGGUUGGUAACAGUGUCAAAUUCUGGAUGUAUUACUAAUGUAGAAGAGGCCAGAAUAAUUUAAAUCCUAGAUAUUUCUGGUGUUUGGAUACUUAAAGAAGAUAUUUGAAGACUGCUUUUGGAAUCGAAUAGCAUGGAUCCCAGCAGUGACUACCAUUUCCUCAAUCAGAUUUUGUGGAGAAGGGUGAAACUCACUUUGGUUUCUGGCGUAUUUGAGGGAGUUCUCCAGCAUGUGGAUCCUAACAAGAUUGUUGUCCUGAAGAAAGUGAAGAAUGUGGAGACUGGUCGAAGUGUUCCAGGAGUGAAGAUGUUUUUUGGGCAUGAGAUUCUGAACGUGGAACUGCUGGAUGAAGUGGAACAAGGUGCGAUGAAAGAAAAGGCAUCUUCUGUCAGUCUAAAUACAGAAAGACCCAGGAUGGAUAAAGGUGAAGACCUGAACAUAUGUGAGUCUCUUUCUCCUGCCUCUGAGCCGCCAACCACCUCUCUGCUGAGUGACCUCAAGUUCAGCCUAUCAGAGGAAGAGGAGGUAACAUACACAGUCAUUGAUCAGUUCCAGCAGAAGUUUGGUGCUGCAAUGCUCCACAUCAAGAAGCAGAGUGUCCUGAGUGUGGCAGCAGAAGGUGCUAAUGUGUGUCGUCAUGGAAAACUAUGUUGGCUUCAGGUGGCCACAAAUAGCCGAGUUUACUUAUUUGAUAUUUUCCUUCUGGGAAGUCGUGCUUUCAACAAUGGACUUCAGAUGGUAUUAGAAGACAAGAGAAUUUUGAAGGUUAUCCACGAUUGUCGUUGGCUUUCUGAUUGCCUCUCUCAUCAGUAUGGAAUUUUGCUGAAUAAUGUCUUUGACACACAGGUAGCAGAUGUCCUUCAAUUUUCCAUGGAAACAGGUGGCUUUCUUCCAAACUGCAUCAGUUCUUUACAGGAGAGUUUAAUCAGACACCUUAAGGUAGCCCCUAAAUAUCUCUCCUUUCUGGAAGAAAGACAGAAAUUGAUUCAGGAAAAUCCAGAAGUGUGGUUCACACGACCUCUUUCACCCUCCUUACUGAAAAUUUUGGCCCUGGAAGCUACCUAUCUACUACCCCUUCGUCUGGUACUCCUGGAUGAGAUGAUGUCUGACCUAACCACCCUUGUGGAUGGGUACCUGAACACUUACCGAGAAGGGUCUGCAGACCGCCUGGGGGGCACAGAGCCUACAUGUAUGGAGCUUCCAGAAGAACUGCUUCAACUCAAAGACUUCCAGAAGCAGCGCAGAGAGAGAGCUGCAAGAGAAUAUAGGGUGAAUGCACAGGGACUCCUAAUAAGGACAGGGAUAUGUCCAAAGAAAUCAGUGACAGAGACAGUGGGGAAAGAGGUGAAAGGGGGGGUUUCGUUGCUUUGUAAGAACUCUACGCCAGAUAAAACUCCAGGUUUUACAUCUCAUCAGGAUGGAAAUUUGCUGAUAGAAAAAUCUAAAAAUAAACAAACUGUGACAGAAUCUCAGCAUCAACCUCCCAUGAAGGAAGAAACCAGUGAGGAUGGUGUCAACAAACUCAUUUGCCCUGAGCCAGAGGGGCUAGAGGACCAGGGGAGAAUAAUUCAAAAAGAACACGGUAAGAUACCCAAACAGGAAUUUCAGACAAGUUUAUCUUUGAAAGAGGAGAUAGAACAGUUACUGAUGCUGGAAAACAAGGAAGACCUAAAAUGCACAAAACAAGAUGUUUCAGUGUCUCCUUCCCUUCCUCAGGAAACCGGAGUGUCUCCAAGUGACACCUUUCAUCCUUUUAGAAAAGCUGUGCUUCCCACACUUCCUCCCUGUCCAGCCUUGGAGAAAACCGAUUCUUGGAUUAAUCUCUCUCCAAAUUUAUCUUAGAGAUGUGCAGUUUAUUCUUGAGACCGUGAAGGUGGCUCAUUUCCUGUGCCAGAAGGACUUUCCUCAGUGCUUAAGUUGGUCAUGUUGUAAAUUUAGGAUUGCCUCAGUCACAGAGGAAGGAAGACUUCAGCAAAAAUUAUAUCCUCUUGCUUACUCCUGCAUGCCUAGAAUUUGGUUAGGAGGGAAUGAAUAAGUUAAAUAAUGGAAGAAGUAAAUGUUUUGAUUAUGUCACUGUGCAGAAAUGUUCCCAGUGUUUCAGAGUGAAUGAUUUCUCAUAAUUUGAAGAGGGGAAAAAUCUUAGGCUUAGUACCUGGAAGAAUCUUUACUCUUAAACUUUUUUUUUUUUUUUAAACGUAAGCCCUAUGCCCAAAGUGCGGCUUGAACUCACAAUCCCAAGUUUAAGAGUUGUAUGCUCUACCAACUGAGCCAGCCAGACGCUCCUACUUUUAAACUUCUGUUGUAUUUUUUGGUUUGAAAGGGGUUGGUAAAAGUUGUAUCAAUAAGUUUUAAAAAAUUGGUACCUGAUAACUUUACCAGUACAUUUUUCUUUUUUAAAAUACUAACUCUAACUUGUCAAUUAUACCUCAAAAAAGCUAAAAAAAAAAAUACUGACUUUAGUUUUGAAUUUUUAAUGUUUUUUUCUGUCUUAUAUCAUAGAUAAACACAAAUUAAUGUUACUAAGGAAUCAACAUCCCAGUUUUAAUUUCUUUUGAUUCCUUUACUUUUAGAAAGUUUUGUCUAUUUUCGUAACAAACUAGGGACUUCUUUUGAGUACAUCUGUUAUGUAAACUUGAAGUUUGAGUCCCUCUAUUUUCCUGGAUUUUGUAUACUUUCUUUUGUUAUUUUGUUUAAAGAUUUUUUAAAAAAUUUUUUGUAGGUUCCACACCCAGUGUGGGGCUUGAACUUAAAAACCUGAGGUUGAGUUGCCUUCUCUACUGACUGAGCCGAGCCAGCCAGGUGCCCCAGUUUGGUACUCUUUCUUUGGGUGAAAGGAAGGUGGCUUGUACUGAAACCUUUUUAUAUUGAAUACUUGCAAGUUGCUCACAUUUUUUUGUGUACAAUAACCAAUAAACCUGUUGUGCC